CUUGUCAAGAAGGUUAUACUUUUAGUUCUCCCUGGCCAGCAAGGCUAAGCAAUGUGCGAGCUGGAGUGACCUUUAUGCACAAUGUCUUUCCAAAGGCUUAUCCAGCAGAACAACAAUUUGGUGGACUACUGCACAGGCCCAGCUUAUAGCUUGUACUCUACACCCACAGGUAGCCCACAAGUGGAUAAUAAAAGGAUCCAAAUGCUGGCAGACACAGUGGCCACUUUGCCCCGGGGACGAAAGCAGAAUGCUUUGACCAGAUCAAGUUCUUUGGGUGACUUCUCCUGGCCACAAAGAAGGCUGGUUACUGUGGAAAAGCAGGAUAAUGGAACAUUUGGAUUUGAAAUUCAGACUUAUCAAAUGCAGAACCAAAACACCUGUUUGGCUGAGUUGUACACAUAUAUUUAUAAAGUACAAGAAGAAAGUCCAGCUUACCGGUCUGGACUGCAGACUGGUGAUAUCCUUGCUAAUAUCAAUGGAGUUAACAUGGAAGGUUUUACUCACAAGCAGGUGGUUGAAUUGAUAAAAUCUGCCGGAAACAAGUUAAGGCUAGAGACAGUUAAUGGAACAAUGAUUCUUAGAAGGGCAGAGCUUGAAGCCAAGCUGCAGGUUCUGAAGCAAAACUUGAGGGAAAAAUGGGUGGAGUUCCGAGCUUUGCAGUUACAGGAACAACGCCUGCUUCAUGGUGAUGCAGUCGACAGCUCAGGGCUGGAAAGUUUGCAAUCAGAGGACUCUUUAGUGGAAAGCUCAUCAGGACUGGCUGCUUCUUAUCAGAACCGUAACAACCGCCUUUCCAGUGAAAGUAGCUGUAAGAGCUGGUUGAGCUCCAUGACUGUGGAAAGUGAGGAUGGUUAUCAAAUGUGCAUGUCUGAGGAUUCAUGUCAGGAAACACUGAGCCGGCAGACUAGCAUGGAGGAUGAGUGUUUUUUCCUCAAGGAUGGUGACAUGGCACUGAGGAAGUCUUCCACCAGGAGGAACAGGAACAUCAGUACUGCCAGCAGUGGUUCCAUGUCCCCUUUGUGGGAGGGGGGCAGCAGCAAUUUUGUUAGCAUGUUUGGGACUCUGCCACGAAAAAGCAGAAGGGGAAGUGUUCGAAAACAACUUUUGAAAUUCAUCCCUGGCCUGCACCGAGCUGUGGAAGAGGAAGAAAGCCGAUUUUGACAAGGGAGGAGCCCUUUUCAAAUGAGCUCAUUCCAUAAGGACUUGCAAUAAUCAAAACAUAUGGGAUAAUCUGAACUUCAGCCCACCCAGAAGAGGGCUUACGAAACUGACAAGGGACCUCAAGGCAGUAGUGGCCUUUAUUUAAAUGAUUUGUGUACAUUUUGUUGCUGUUGUUAUUGUUGUUUCUAAAGCACUUUUGAAACAACCAAAUUCACAAGGGAGAUAAGUCUCCCAACCUCCUCCUUAUUAUUUGGGUGACUGUGCAAUUCAUUUACUUUUCUGGGUUAUAACAGAGGAGGAUCUAUAAAAUAAAGGCGUUGGACCCAAUGAUUUAGAUUAUCCCACUUAAACAAAUUGUUGGGGAUAGAUUUGAUUUAUUAAUGCACAAGAAAGUACAUGUCAAUCUGGUCUUGCCUAUGUAAGGAAGGGAAAUGUUCUUAUUUAGGUUGCCCAUAUGAAAAAUAAGCUUGAGCUUUUAGACUCAAAUCAGAAAACAAACAAACAAACCUGAAUGCCUCAAGCAAUAUGACUGCUUGGAAUAAUUUUUUCUCCCCACAGGGUAUUUAGUGGGUUUCCCUAAAACCAAUGUGUAAUCUGGGUAUACUUUAAAAUCAAGGAAUUUCAAAAUAUAUGUUUAAAUGUGUAAAUUAACCACAGAUUCUGGGGACUAGUACUUCUCCAUGCCAUAAAGGGAUGGUAAAAGAGAAGAUCAUCAGAGAUAUAUCAGGCCAAAUUUAAUUUGGGAAUCAGGAUACAUUUUUCUAACAAAAGGGGUUAUCAAGACUUUAAAAUGGGUUACUGAGGAUAAUUAUUAAUUCUCUUUCCCCUGAAAGCUUUAAAAACAUGAGAGAUUCUCAUCUUUCAAGGCUAGUUCAAGUGUGUUCUUUAUUGAAGAUGGGAUAAGGAUUGGAUCCCUUCACAACAUAUUUAGGUUUUAUGAUAAUUUUCUCUGCAUUGUCCUAAGGCCUAAGAAAUUUGAUCCCAAGACAUUUCUCUUUGUCACCUCCCAAAUUCUAAUUGUACCUUUUUGAACAUUCUUCUAUCCAUCAGGGCGCAUAGUCACUAAGGCUUCAAAGCUCCUGGGAUGAAGAUGAUUAUUACUUUCACCCUGGAGAAAAUCAUCUGAAUUACCAAUAAUAAUUUUUAGUUUUUUCAAAUAAUAUGUAUUUCUUUGGGGGGGUAGGGAGAAGGGGAAAAAAGAGAGAAGAGUUUGGGUCUACUACCACACAUGAAUAGGCUUCUAAAAUAAUCCAAAAGUUUCAUAAUUUUGGAGAAAUAAUGAAAAUUUAUAAUGUUCCUAAAGAGAGAGCAAGCAGGCAGAGAGAAAAAAACCUGAUGGCAUUUAUAAUGAAAAGUCUUUUCCUACUGUGAUAUUAAAAUUUUUCUGAAUUCAUAGCAAUAUAGAAUUUACAAGAAAGAGAUAUAAUUGGGCUUCCAAUAAAUCAUAUUUGAUAUUGCUUUGGUGCUAUCAAAUUUUCAUGGGACACUUCCCUCUACAAUUAUGCCACCAUGAAAGGAAGGAUUUAAAAUUCACAGUUUUAGGGUACUGUUUAGACAUGUCAUUUGUACUCUAUUUGGGAAAAAAUUUAUGUGAAAAGAAAGUUCUGAUUGUUUCUGUUGUUCUGGUCAUCCACAAGCAAGUUUUCUAACCUGUUCGUUUUGAGAGCAAUUGAUAGCCUUAUCUCUUACCAAUAAAUUAUGCUUGGUACCAAUAUUUUGAGAGAUGAUGUCAAAUAAGUCCUAACUGAGUGUGUUGUUUUUCUUUAGAUGUAAUUAUUUCUCUUCGGGCUUGUGAUAGACCAAUCAGAUUAAAUGUUGGUACAAAUGAAUGCAGUAUUUCAACUUAAUCGUACCUCUCUAAGAACCAGUGGAAAUAAAUAAGCCUUAUUUAUUUCAGGAAAACUGAAUUUAAAACCUCAUGUAUCUUGAUAGUUGCCUCAUGAACAACUCACAGGAAGCCUGAAAAUCAUCCCCCCAGUAAUCAGUAGUUCUUUGGGUCUUACCAUACUCUUUGGGAAUUGCAGAAUAUCAUGCAAUUAAAGUGGAAAACAUAUUUUGUCACUUAGCACAAGACAGGAAACUAAAACUUUGUAAGUAGUGAGAAUAUGUGGGAAAAAAGGACUGUGGGUUUGACUUAACCAAUAUCUCUCUCAGGUCUCAAUUUACUCACCUUUUGAUGAUACACUCAAUAUUUGAAUUCCCUGGAUCAAUUUUCAGAAAAUUUCUGUUUCAGAUCUUCCUAGAGUAGUAAAAUGAUUCUUUAUCAUUUAUGAUGUCAGAUAUACUUUUAAAUUACUGGAAUACAUCUAACAGGAUGGAAAUCAUGACAUAGGCAAGUUUCAUUAUAAUUGGUAAUUAUUUUAGGCUAUUAUGACUCCAGUGGCCCAUUGUAGUAUAGAGGUGACCUUGUAUUAUAAAGGGCCAUGAAAAGAGAUCAUAAGCAAGUCCUAUCAAAAUUAAAAAUACUUGUGUAUAGGCUGAUUGAUGAACUGUGAGUCUUUGAUCCAAGCACCAGCUAGCUAAGUUUAAAGAAGCUAAUGAGGGUGACUACUGGGUGAUGAAUUUUUCUAGCCAUAACUGAUCUUCAGAAACCUUCAUAAUACAGAUAUAGAUUUAGAAUUGUACAGGAACCCAAGAAUUGUCUUUCAGUUUCUUCAUCUUACAGGUCAAGUGACAGGAUAAUUGGAUCAGAAAUUUAAAACUGCAAGUGACCUUGGAGACCAAUAAGUCCAAUCCUUUCAUCUUUAAGAUGAGGAAACUAUGCCCCAGAAGAGUUAAAUAGCAUUCAUUCACUGAUAUAUUAAAUAUUUUUAAAUGGCUACUGUGUUUAAGACACUGUGCUACAAAGGAGAAUAGUCUCUGCUCAUAAUGAAAUGACAUUUUACUUGGAAUUUGGGAAUAGAAAACAACAUAUAUAUCUAUGCCAAUAGAAAAUUUAUACAAAGUAAUUGGGGGCAGAAAGGGAAAGGAUAUCCCUGAUGUACAAAGUUACAAUCAAGAGAUGAAAUGUCAUGUUUAGGAAUGUCAUACCCAAGGUCAGCUAUGUAGAAAGGUUUGGGAUAUAUGCCAAUGAAAUCACAGAUUCUUUCAAUACUGAAGUAGGAGAAAAACUAGAAGUAAGUAGAUUCAAAAAAAGCAGUAUCUAAAAAUCUAAAAAAAAGCACAAAUGCAGGAAGCAAGGGCAUUAUCAUAUUUGAUCCAUUUGAUGCAUACACUGGUCAUCAAAAACUUUUGGGGAAGUGACAGAAAAUUACUCAUGAUCUAGCUUUUCUAAUUCAAAGCUCUCAAUGGCAUAUUGAAUCAUCUAUUUCCAAAAUAUGUUUUACUGGUAAAUAGUCAACAAAUAGUUAAUAACUUUUUUUUACCAGGUAUUAUGCCUAGUUCUAGGAGUACAGGAAAGACAAGAACAGGCCCUGCCCUUAAGAAGUUUACAUUCUAGUGAAGAUGACAACAUAUAAAUGUGCACAAACAAGACAUACAUAGUUGAGAGGUGAUGUUGGGGGAGUGGGAUGGAAACUGUUUUUGAUAGUUUUUUAUGCCACUUCUCAAGUAUAAAGCAUUGUUGGUAACAUUCUGUAGCCAAGUUAUGCCAAAAAUAUUUUUCCUAUUAUAGGCCACUUAUAUGAUCAUCCAUGUAAAUAUGGAAGAGACCCAGAAGCCAUCUAAUCAGUUGCCAUGGAUCAUAUAUAGCCACUGAACUUUCUGGAACAGAGGGAUGACCAGAUCAGACUUGUACUUUAGUUAUAUCAAUUUGACAACAGUUUGGAGGGGGAAAUUGAGAGGGGUAAGACUGAAAUUAAGGAUACCAAUUAAAAGAUUAUUGGAAAAUUCCAAAUGAAAAUCAUAGGAUAUGAACUAGAAUGGUAGCCUGAGUGUAGAUUGUAGUGUAGAGAGAGGGACAGAUGUAAGAAAUGUUGUCAAAAUAAAGUUAGUGAAAUUAGGUAUCUUAGGUAUGAAGGAGAAUAAAGAAUUGAAGUUUACUCCAAGAUUGCAAACUUGGAUGACUGGAAGAAUGGUGGUGCCCUUGACAGAAACAGAGAAUUUAGGAAGAAGGGUCUAAUUUGGGGAGAAGAUAAUGAAUUUCGAUUUGAAUAGGCUGAUUCUGAGAUAUUUCUAUCGAUCCUGGUACAGAUCUACAGAAGGCAAUUCAUGAUAUGGAAUUAGAGUCCAGGAGAGAUGAAGUUUUGAUAUAUUAAUUUUGAGUUGUUAGUGACUAUUUGGGUUAACAUAGAGAUUUAUAUAACUGCACCAUGACCAAGUUGGGUAAUGUGGGUACUUGUUUCCAUAUGCUGGUUUAAAUUCAUUUUAAUCUUAUAUAAUAAUAGAUUAGAAUUGAUCAUAAAUCAGUAAAAGCAUUAAAUGGCCCAAGAAUACAUAGUCAAUUGUCCUUACAAGUCAACUCCACAGCCUAGCAAUAACAGUAAAA